AUGGGUGUCGACGGUGUUGAUGAGGUGGCUCGUCCAGAGAGCAAUGAGGGCAAUGAAUGUGCCACAGGAGGCGAAGCAUGCGCCAAGAGAGCUCCCAGAGCUACCCUAGAGGAUCUUAAGGCCAGACGUAAGGUCUUGCGCGGUAAGGUCAUGAGAACUAUAAACAGGCUGUCUGGAAAGAUGGCAGGUAAUGAUAUUUCUAAGUCAAGAUUAGAAAAAGAGAUGGUAGUCCUGAAGCAGGAUUUUACCGAGGUCUGCUCUGUGAAUGCAGAUAUGUUUUCCUAUCCCGGGGUCGACGAGGAUAGAUUGAGUGACUGGGAAGAACAGAUAACGGAUUCGUUUUAUGACUUUGUAGAAAAGACUGAAAACUAUGUCUGUUCAUCACCCAGCGAUCACCAGGUCACACAGCCAGUGACAGAGGAACGGUCAGCAGAGACCAAUACCGGUGGCCAGACUGCAAAAGUCGCGGUCCAAGAUGCAAGUCGUGAUAGCCCGAUUGUCCAGGGCAGUGAUGUGGUUAGUGAUGCAAGUUCUACAAGUACAAGUCUUGAAAAUGUUGAUUCAAACAUAUCAAAUAUCAGUGUGAAUGUUGUAAACUUUGAUUCUAGCACUGGUGUCACUACUAGUAGGCCCAAUAUUUCUAUGUCAGGCCCACACCAUGCAUUUGAUUCAUGGGUUGAUCAAUUGAUCGAGUUUCAGGAAACUAGCUUUCCUAUCAGUUCAAGAGAAGUGUCUGUCGCUGAUGCCCUGUAUAGAUUAGAAGCAAGUAGAGAUGUACCCACUCGUCAGCUUAGCAAGUUUAAUGGUAACUCACUGAACUAUGUCGAUUUCAUUGACUCGUUCAAGAUCCAUAUUCAUGAUAAAAGGCAUCUCACUGACGAUUCUCGUAUGAUGCAGCUUAGAAUGCAUUUAACUGAUGAAGCUGAACGAGCUAUUGUAGGGCAAGGCACAAGUGGUAUGAUGUACCAUACAGCCUUAAAGAUGUUAAAAGAGCAAUUUGGCUCCAAGAGUAUAAUUGCCCGUGGUUGCAUUGACAGGCUUGUAAAGGGGCCCAAAGUUCUUGAUCGUAAAGCUAUUCGCGACUUUUCGCUUGACAUUGUAAACUGCUUAGCUACGCUCAACCGCAUAAAUUAUCUCGCCGAUGUACAUGCUUCCGAAAGCCUCCGUCAGAUAGUUAGGCGCCUACCAGACCACAUGAUCCAUAAAUGGAAAACCACCGCAGCGAUACUACGCGAGCGUGAUACCUUGCCAAAUCUUGCGCAUAUCAGCGAUUUCGUGCGAAAACGUGUUAAGGCGGAUUUCGACCCGGAUUUCGGCGACCUUGCUUGUGACAAAUCGGAUGGUAAAGUUACCAAAGUGGACCGCAAAGGUGUUCAUUCCGCUCAGUUCUCCGGGCCUAAGAAACCGCGAAAAUGCUAUGUUUGCGAAUCUGAUCAUCGCGUAUCAGAAUGUCCUAUGUUCUCAGAUUCCUCCGUCGCCGAUCGGUUGAAAAUAGUCAAGGACCAACGUCUGUGUUUUGGUUGUCUUAAUCGCGGUCAUCGAUUUGGAGAAUGUAAUUCCAAGAAGAAGUGUGGAAAGAACAACUGCAGUAAGACUCACCACCCUCUCAUCCAUACAGAUCCCCCUACCAGUGGUGCAGUUUCAACCCUAGAUCGAGAUGGGAUCUUACCAGUUGUGCGCGUCAAGUUCCGAUCAGAGGAUGGCAGAAUCCGAGAAGGUAAUGUUCUCAUUGACAGUGGAGCAGCUACCACCAUCAUUCGGAAGGACUUCGCCAGGGCUUUGGGACUGCAGGGUAAGGAAGAGGGAGGAGGAGGAGGAGACCAGCUCAACCAGACCAACAGCCGACGUCUAAAGUUUUGGAUUGCGCCAUUGACAGGAGGUGAGGAGCAUGAAAUAGAAGCUCACGAGAUAAAUCGCACGAUUGUCAGCAUCCGACCAUGGUUAUCCUCGUUCAGUCAUCUCUCGGAUCUGAAGUUCACUCACAAGGCAGGCCCAGUUGACCUCAUCCUUGGAAUACAAUACAGCCAUUUGCACGUAGAACAGGAGAUCAGACAAGGAUUACCGUUCGAGCCAGUUGGAAAAAGGACCAUGCUAGGAUGGUUUGUUAUCGGCCCAGAUAAAUCUGUCGACUCCAUUACGUCCAUCAGUUUUGUGAGGAAGGAGAACCCUGAUGUGAGUCGAUUGUACAACUUUGAGACGAUAGGUGUAAGAGCACCAAAUUGUGAUUGCCCGGAGGAUAUGAUGUCUAGAGAGGACAAGAAGGCCAUGGACAUGUUUGCUAGCUCUUGCCAUAAAGAUGGUGACCGCUAUGUCAUUGGUUUACCUUGGAAGAAGGAUCCUUCACUCUUGCCAGAUAACCGUGUCCUAGCCGAAAAACGUCUCGCCUCAUUGGAAAGAAGUCUGGCCAAGACUCCAGAGAAGGCUGUCAUGUAUGACAAAGUCAUUUCUCAAUACCUAGAGAAUGGAUGGGCCGUCCAGGUCGAUGAAGAUGAACCAGUUACUGGACCUCUCUAUUACCUCCCUCAUCAUGGAAUCUACAGACCUGAGAAAAUAAGUACCCCGUUGCGUGUAGUCUUCGAUCCCGCCUGCCUCUUCGAAGGUGUUUCGUUGAAUUCUUUCCUCCUCAAAGGACCAAAUUUGAUGGGGAAUCUACUGGCUGUUCUCAUUCGUUUCCGCGAGGAUCUUGUCGCAAUCGUGGAUGACAUUUCUAAAAUGUUCCUUCAAGUCAAACUGAAACCUGAGGACACAGAAGUACAUCGCUUUCUGUGGAGGAACUUGGAUAGUACGAGGGAGCCAGAUGUCUAUCGUAUGACUCGAGUCACUUUCGGUGAUAAGCCAUCGCCUGAUAUGGCGAGCUUCGUUAUACUUGAGAUUGCAGAGAAGUUCCAGGACAUUCAUCCCGAGGCCGCCUGGAUUCUGCGAAAUGAUCGAUACAUGGAUGAUCUGAUUCACUCCUGCCCAUCCACUGAAGAUGCCACCACGCGAAUGAUGGACAUAGACGAGAGCUUGAAUGAUUGGAAAUUCAAGGUGAAAGAAUGGUACUGCUCUGCCCCGUCAUCUGUUCAGAAGACAACGAGUAACGACCAACAGUCUGCCCCAAACAUCAAUCUCAGUGGAGAGGACGUCAAGACACUUGGAGUUUUAUGGGACCCAGUGGCAGAUGUGAUAACGUUCAAAGUGAAAGAGAAGCAGAUGCAGACAAUCACGAAACGAUCAGUUUUGUCAAGGUUGUCCAUGCUCUUUGAUCCCCUUGGGCUGGCAACACCUGUAACCAUAAGAGCCAAAGUUGCGAUGCAAGCCAUUUGGAGGUUAGAUAACUUAGGAUGGAAUGAUGAACUACCCCCGGACUACACAGAACUAUGGACAAAGCUGUUCCAAGACUUCAAGGAGCUUGAAAAAGUACAACUACCAAGAUGCGUAAAGCCGAAAGGUGCAAUUGGUGGAUCAUCAGAGUUGCACGUAUUUGGAGAUGCAAGCUUCACAGCAUAUGGUGCCGUGGCAUACAUGCGUUGGAAUACUCUCACUGGUCCUACAAGCGUCCGCCUCUACGCCGCAAAGGCACGCGUUGCCCCUCUACGUCAAACCACUAUUCCAAGAUUGGAACUGAUGGCGGCGUUAGUCACUUCUCGUCUAGCAAAGACGAUUCACACGGAGCUUCGCGAAAAGCCAGAAGUUCACCUCUGGUCAGACUCGAAGAUAGUUCUUCACUGGAUUAAAUCCAAUUCCAUCGAUUUGAAGCCAUUUGUUGGAGUACGAGUGGCCGAAAUACAAUCGACAUGGGAGCCAGAGCUUUGGAAUCACGUCCCAACAGAACAAAACCCGGCUGAUGACCUGUCUCGUGGACUGGAAGCUUCGGAAAUGGUCGGACGUUUAUGGCAAGCCGUUCGUCAAAUAAUUAAGAAAACCUAG